AUGCCCUUCUAUCCUCCUUCAUGGGUGCCGAAGCUUCCGUUCGACCCACCAGACUCGAUUCCCAUCAGCGAGUUCAUCUUAAACGACAUCUAUGGCCGCCACCCACUCGGAUACUCGCACAAUCCAUUCACGUGUGGUUUGACUGGCAAGACGUACACGGCCUUGGAGGUUCAGGAGCGUGUUGACUACCUCGCACGUGGUCUAGCAAAGGAGCUCGGCUUUGAUCCAAACAAGGGGUCUGAAUGGGACAAGGUUAUUGCUGUCUUCUCUGUGAACACUAUUGACACGGUUCCGCUAGCAUGGGCUACCACUCGUUUGGGUGGUAUCCAUACACCCGCCAACGCCGGAUACAGCGCCUCUGAACUCGAAUACCAGUUGAAGACCUCUGGUGCCAAGGCCCUCUUCACCUGUGUGACUUUGCUCGAAACAGCUCGCAUUGCGGCCAAGAAUACCGGCAUACCGGAAAACCGUAUAUACAUACUUGAGGUGCCUGAGAAGUUUGCUGGAAGAGGUACCCCAGAAGGGCUCAAAACGGUUGACCACUUGAUUCGCGAGGGCGGCAAGCUCGAUCGCCUGCCGCCAUUGGACUGGGAACCCGGACAUGGCGCCAAGAGGACAGCAUAUCUCUGCUAUUCGAGCGGUACCUCUGGCCUACCCUGCAAAACUUCACCCAUGAAAAAGUAUACCGUGAUACCAUCAUCAAAGACACUUGUGACGCCUGAGGGUGAAGAGAUCACUGGCUACGAUCAACCCGGCGAGCUACUGAUCAAGUCGCCUUCUGUCGUGCUAGGCUAUCACAACAAUGAAAAGGCCAAUGCAGAGACGUUCCAAGAUGGAUGGCUACGCACGGGAGACGAAGCACUUUUCAGAAAGGCGCCUUCGGGUCAUGAGCACCUCUUCAUUGUCGAUCGCAUAAAGGAACUCAUCAAGGUACAGGGCUAUCAAGUCGCACCGGCAGAGCUCGAGGCUCAUCUCCUGUCCCACCCCAUGGUCAAGGACUGUGCCGUGAUCCAGGUCCCCAAUGAGAAAACCGGGGAGGUACCCAAGGCCUUUGUCGUCAAGGCCUCGUCUGUUGGGCUCGAGGACAACGAUCGCCUUGUUGCUCGAGAUAUCACAAAGUAUGUUGAACAGCACAAGGCGCGAUACAAGUGGCUAGGCGGUGGUGUUGAGUUUGUCGACGAGAUACCCAAGUCGCCAUCGGGCAAGAUUCUUCGACGAUUGCUGAGAGACUGUGAGAAGGAGAAGAGACGCCAAGCCGGGAGCAAGCUGUAG